AUGCAAUUCAAGCCAGCAAAGUCGAGAUGUCUGAUCGUAAAGAAGGGAAAAGUGAUGAACAAGUUUAAAUUGUUUAUACAGGAUGAAGAAAUCCCAGCACUUGCCAAUAAUCCAAUAAAGUGCUUAGGGAAGUGGUUUGAUUCCUCCAUGACAGACAAAGACAGUAAAAACAGACUCCACCAGCAGGUUCAUGAUGGCUUACGUAGAAUUGACAAGUGUGAGUUUCAAGGAAAGUUCAAGGCGUGGAUAUACCAGCACAGUUUCCUGCCAAGACUUGUCUGGCCAUUGAUGGUGUACGAGUUACCACUUACUACUGUUGAGAAAUUGGAACAAGCCAUCAGCAAACAUCUGAGGAGAUGGUUGGGACUACCCCCUUCCUUCACAAGUAUUGGUUUAUACGGACACUCGAACAAACUCCGGUUACCAAUUAACUCCCUUGUAGAAGAGUUUAAGGUCGCAAAAGCUCGUCUAUUGCUCACACUGCGAGACUCCAAAGAUAACAAGAUCAGUGGUGCAGGCAUAGACAUCCGAACUGGUAGAAAGUGGUCAGUAAGCCAUGAAGUUGAAAGGGCUGAAAGUAGUCUCAAACACCAAGACAUUGUUGGCUCUACGAACAGAGGAAGAGAAGGUCUAGGUACAAGAAGCCAUCAAAGUUGGGCGGACGCUAACCUUCAAGAGAGAAGAUCUAUGGUACAGUCAGAGAUUAGACGGUCUGAGGAGCAAGAAAGGUCAGCAAAGGCAGUUCAGUUUGGUAGUCAAGGCAACUGGACAAAAUGGACAGUACCAGAGAGGAAACUCACUUGGAACGAGUUGUGGACUUACGAACCACUCCAGCUAAGCUUUCUCCUACGUUCAGUAUAUGACAUGCUCCAAACGCCAACAAAUUUGUACCAGUGGAAGCUGACAGAAGACCAAACCUGUCCACUUUGUGAGAAGAAAGGGUCGUUGCGCCAUAUUCUAUCAGGCUGCCCUACCGCUUUGUCUCAGGGGCGGAACAGAUGGCGGCAUGACAAGGUCCUCGGCGAAUUGGCACAUGUCCUUGAAAGGGAAAGAAGGAAAAGAAGGAGAGAAGAAACCUGUGUCCACAGUAGAGAGAGGUAUCUUGCAGAACUCUGGGACCUGCGGGCAGAUCUAGGAAAGAAGUUACAAUUUCCUGAAGAAAUCGCCCACACAACUCUCAGACCUGACAUCGUUAUUUGGUCCAGAAAUCCAAAGACAGUAAUUAUGGUGGAGUUAACAGUGCCUUGGGAAGAGAGAGUUGAAGAGUCGAAUGAGUUAAAGAGGGAAAAGUACGAAGAGCUAGCCAACACAUGCAGAGGGAACGGUUGGAAAACAUGGGUCUUCCCUGUAGAAGUAGGAUGCCGCGGCUUCCCAUCCAGUUCAGUGUGGAGAAUGCUUGGGGCAUUGGGCAUCAAAGGAGCAACAAGGAAGACAUCAGUCCAUGUCCUCAGCAAAGCUGCUGAGAGAGCCUCAUGUUGGCUUUUGCUACAGCGUAGCAAUACAUGCUGGAAGCCAACACAGACGGGGUAG